AUGGAAUAUGUGGUGAAAGCUGUGGGGUUAAUUGGUGGAAGACAGAACGCGAUCUACUAUAUAACCGGCUCCCAGCCGGCACAACGUCAGAAACAGACCAACCUCCAUCAAGGCAGAAUGUACAAGUUAUUGUUGCUUGCGGGUCUGUUUGUGGCAGUGCAAUCAGAUGGCAAGGCACAAUACAAGUUUGAACUAGAAGUGCACGAUCCUCAUGGAGGAGGUGUCCAGACAAGGAAAGAAGAAAGGAAUGGAGAUAGCACACAGGGUGAAUACACCAUCGCCGAAAAAGAUGGUUCGAAAACAAAAGUUCAGUACACAGUUUAUGGUCACCACCAUGGACAUGGUCACCAUGAAGAACAUCAUGAAGGUCAACAUCACGGUGGAGCCCAGUACAACCAAGAAUCUUCUGGAUAUCAUGGAGAGCAAGGCUAUAAGGCAGCCGAGGGCCAUAGUUCUUCCGGAGUAAGUUCAGGUUUGAAUUAUGGAUCUGGUCACCAAUCUUCAGGCUACCAGUCAGGUCAUCUGCCUUCAUUAGGAUCUCAAUCCCAUGGAUAUCAGUCAGGUGCUGGACAGGCUUCUGCUGGAUACCAAUUUGGCCAGGGUUCAUCUGCAGGAGCAUCUCACGGUUACCACUCUAGUCAGAGCUUCAGUUCUCUAGGACACGACUCAAAACUUAAAUAUGGAUCUGAAGGUGGAAAAGCUUACGAAUCUCACGCUAGCUAUGGUGGCUCCGAAGGUUACAAGUCUGGCCAGUCAUUGUCGUCCAUCGGAUCUUCAAGCUACCAUCUAAGUGGUCUCGGUCACGAACAGAGCUCUGUUGGUCUUGGCCAUUAUACAGGAGGAUCACAAUCCCAUUUUGGAUAUGGAUUGGGGCAUGGAUCAGAACAAAAGUAUUCUCACGGAAGUGCUUUGGAAUCAGGUUAUAAGUCUUAUGAAGCAAAUUCUGAUUUAAAGCAACAUAAUUCUUACGGAUCAUCCAGCUACCAAGGUGGUCAUGAAAUUAAGUUAUCUGGAAGUCCCUCAUAUCACGGAGUUGCCGAACAAUAUAAGCACGAAGUUUCCUACAAGAAACCACAAUCAGUUUACUACAAAGAUCAAUCAUCUCCAAAAUACGAAUCAGGAUUUCAUCCAAUUCCAAGCAGCUUAUAUAAAACUGAGUCUGAAGGGAAAUAUCACCAAUAUCAGUCAGGAGCAGCAGAGGCCCAAGGAUAUGCCAGUGGAGGCUACAAAGCUGCAGGCCAGGCUAAAUCAUACCACAAUUUUAUUACCUAUGAAAGCGGCAAAGGUGAUAAUAAACAUUAUCAUCAUGAACCCAGCUACCACCAUGAGCCAACCUACCAUCAACAAAGUUCUUACAAGGGCUCUGGAUCUAAUGAAGGGUCUUAUGGUUCUGUGAGCUCACAUGUCCAGCCUGCCUACCAUUCCUAUCACCAAGCUAGCCAAGCUGGUGGAUACAAAGUAGAAGGAGCAGGUAGCUUUGGAGGCUAUAAAUCAAAGUACCCAGCUCUUCUCGCAGUUCACAAACCAGAAGUCCACGAAGUAAGUGAGUAUGAAUCUUCAGCCUACACCUCAGGAAAAGGAGGAUACCAUUAUUAUGGAGCUUCAGAAAAUAACAACGGCCAAAAAACCGGUUACAGCAGCUUCCAUAAGAUCCCUGAGAGUGGCUAUGGAUCCAAAGGUGGAUAUGCAACUUCCCAUGGUGGUUACAGCUCACCACAAGAAGGAUAUGGUAAGGCUCAAGGUGGAUAUAGUUUGUUGCAUGGAGCAGGUUAUGGUUCAUCACAUGAGGGCUAUGGGUCAUCCAAGGGAGGCUACAGUUCAUCAUCCCAUAUAGCUUAUGGAUCCGGUUCUUCUCAAGAAGGCUCUGGAUAUUCAAAAGGCUAUGGUUCAUCCCAUGGAAGCUUUGAGUCAUCUAAAGGCUAUGGUUCUUCUCUAGGAGGCUCUGGAUAUUCAAAAAGCUAUGGUUCAUCCCAUGGAAGCUUCGAGUUAUCUAAAGGCUAUGGUUCAUCACUAGGAAGCCUAGAGUCUUCAAAAGGCUACGGUUCCACAUAUGGAAGCCUUGAAUCAUCAAAAGGCUACGGUUCCUCAUAUGGAAGCCUUGAAUCAUCAAAAGGAUACGGUUCCUCAUAUGGAAGCCUUGAGUCAUCAAAAGGCUACGGUUCUUCAUAUGGAAGCCUUGAGUCAUCAAAAGGCUACGGAUCAUCAUAUGGAAGCCUUGAGUCCUCAAAAGGCUACGGUUCAUUAUAUGGAAACCUUGAGUCAUCAAAAGGCUAUGGUGAUUCUCAUGGAAGCCUCGAGUCAUCAAAGGGUUACAGCUCAUCCCAAGGCUACAACACCAAGGGUUACAGUUCAGAAUACAGUUCUGGGGAGGCAGCGACAUCAGUCAUUAAGCUGCACACUCAUGGAGCCGAUGUUGAACAGAUCACUAAACAUAUAAUUCCACCAAAAUAUCAUGAUGGGAAAUACUAG